AUGAAAGUAGAUGAAGAAACACCUUUGGUAAAAGGUAGUACAAUAACUUCCGAUACCUCUAUAAAUGUAGAUGUUGAUAAAGAUACCACUUCAAAACCACCACCCAAAAAGAGAAUGUUAAGUUUAGAUACUGCUAGAGGUUUAACAAUCUUCGGAAUGAUUUUGGUUGAUAACCAAGGUGGACCUGAAGUUAUUUGGCCACUAAAAGAAACCGAUUGGAACGGUAUAUCUACAGCUGAUUUGAUUUUCCCAUCCUUUUUAUUUAUUUGUGGAUUCUCCAUCUCUUUGGCUUUGAAAAAUGCUAAAAAUGAUAGACCAACUUGGAUCAAUAUUAUAAGAAGAACAAUUUUAUUAUUUGGAAUACAAUUAUUCUUAAAUUUAAUGGCACAUAAAUUUGUAUUUUCUACUUUUAGAGUUAUGGGUGUUUUACAAAGAAUAUCUUUAUGUUAUUGCUUUAGUUGUUGUAGUUUUAUGUUAUUACCAAAAUGGGCACAAAGAGUUGCUUUGGUAAUUAGUGCUACCAUUUAUUUGUGUUUGAUGUAUGCUUACCCUGUGCCUGGAUGUGGACGUGGAAAUAUUACACGUUCAUGUAAUGCAGCUGGAUACAUUGAUAAUCUCAUUCUCCGAAAGAAUAUGAUUCAUCCAACAGAUCCAGAGGGUUUCAUUUCAACUUUUAGUGCAUUCAUAACAACUUGGAUGGGUGUCGAACUUGGUCGCAUUCUAACUACACAUGCCAGAUCAGCCGAUGGUUGGAAAGACAUCUUGAUCAGAUGGCUAUCCAUUGGAAUGGUCUGCGCCAUGAUUGGACUUUUCUUGGAUGCAACCAACGUCAUACAAUUCAACAAAAUCAUUUGGUCAUUCAGUUUUGCAAUGUUAACAGUUGCAUGUGGAGCUCUUUUCCUUUCGGCACUCUACUAUUCAAUGGAUGUCGCUAAAUGGCCAGAAACAGUUCGUCACUACAUUGAGAUUGCCGCUCAACCAUUCAUUUGGAUUGGAACCAAUCCAAUUACUAUCUAUACACUAAUGAUUUUCAUUGAGAUCAUCUUAAUGUUCUACAUUACCGUUGACCAUGGUUCAACAACUCUCUGGACUGCCUGCUAUGAGAAAAUGUACCUAACAUGGUUAAGAAAUGGAUAUUUGGCAUCGACUGUAUUCAGUAUAAUGUGGUUUGUCUUUUUCGAUGCAAUUGCCUAUUUAAUGUAUAGAAAUAAUAUAAUUAUUAAAUUAUAA